GGGCACUCUUUAUUGUUUCCUUUUGCGCUGCGACAAGGAAAGGUUUUUGUCUCGUCGAAUUUAACAUCCAGCAGACGAGAUUUUUGUGUUUUUCGUUUUUUCUUUCUGUGAUAAAUCGAAUUUAAUACAUUUCAUUCUUCUAAUUUAAAUUAGCCUGCAAAAUUAAUCUAUACUGGCGUCAACUCGUCAAACGGCAAUAAACCAUAGUCUGAUCUAUCGGAAAUAAUCAAAAUGUUUAAAAAUCAAACGUCAAACAAUAUGACCCAAAAACCUAUGACUUCGCCAUCGGAUCUAAAGUUGCUCUCAUUGGAUUUUGAGAAAAAACUUUUAACAUUUCAAUUGGAGCAGGAGAAGAUCAAGUCGGCAGCGGCUCGGGCCAAUGUUGCUCCAUCCGAUUAUAACGAAAAAAUCGAAAAGUUACAACAGGAGCUUAGGGAAAAGGAGCAUAUAAUAGCAAAUUUAAAAUCGCAGCCUUCAACUAAUAAUAAUAAUAAUAUCAUUAACAACAACAAUAAUGCCAUUGAAAACCCUUCAUCACAGUGUGAUGCGAAUGUAUCUGAAAUGGCACUUAAAAUCAAGGAUUUGGAACAAAAAUUUGCGUCUUGUAUGAAAGAAAAAGAUAAAAUUGCUUUACAAUUGCAAACUAAUGCCUCUGAGAAGCACAACUAUUUGGGACUAAAUUUUAAACUUACUAUGGAAAAACAAUCGAUACAAACGGAAAAGGAUAAACUUAUUCAGGAAAUUGAAGAUCAGAAAACAGAAAUAAAAACAAUUUCAAAGAAACAACAAGAAGCUGAGGCAACAAAUUUAAGGAAACUAAAUGAGCUUCAAGCUCAGCUGCAAUCAAACCAAAAAGAAAGACAAAAGAUAAGCACUGAAAAUGAACAAUUGAAAAAAGAAUUAAGUGCGGCCAAGGAAAAUGUUGCCAAAAUUCAAGAAAAUAAUCGCAUAGUUCGUCACGAGUACGAUGUUAAAUUGGAGAAUCUUAAUGUGAACCUCGCGUCAAAGACAUCUCAACUUAGCCAACAGGAAAAAGUUAUCCAACAACUUCGUAAGGAUCUCCAAAACUAUGGAAAUGGCGGUAAAUUCAAAAAUGUAUGCACUGAAAUCCAAGAAUUGGGAAAAAAUAUGCAACUUCUACUCGAUAGUCAGUUUGAAGAGAAGGAUAGAAAAAUCUCGGCAUUACAAAGUAAUUUGAAAGAUUUUAGAUCAUGCUCCAUUUGUUUUGACGAAAUGGAAUCGACUGGCGAUCAUCGAUCUGUAUCAUUGCCCUGUGGUCAUCUUUUUGGGAGUAAGUGUCUUAAACUUUGCCUUCAACAGGUCCAAAAAUGUCCCAAAUGUAGAGAUUCGGCAAAUUCUCGUAAUUUGCGUAACAUAUUUCUUAAUUGAUAUUAUUACAUUUUUUUUUUCAUUACCAUAGAUUAUAAAUUAGUGUUCCAUUUACCUGCUAUUAAACUAUAAACAACAAUAAAGGGCAACAAAGAAAAACA